GACGGCACGUCCCGCAAAAAGAGAAACUGUCAAACUAAUCCGGCUUAUUUCUGGAAUCCAAAUUAUGCAAUCUACUACACCAUCGACAACUCAUUGCCGAGCAGUUAUGUCACACUAAUUCGGCAAGCCAUUCAAUUCUGGACGUCGAACACUUGCCUGCGGUUCCAGGAAAAUCCAAGUGGGAUGAAUCGUCUCCGCUUCUACUACGGAACGGGAUGUUGGUCGUAUAUAGGAAAGCAAGCAUCAUGGACAAGUCAGGAUAUCUCCAUCGGUAACGGAUGCAAUAGUCUCGGCACCGUAGCACAUGAAAUUGCCCACGCGCUCGGAUUCUACCAUGCUCAAUCGCGCUACGAUCGUGAUUCCUACAUACGGGUCAACCUCAAUAAUGUUCAAUCAGGGUUACGAAGGGAAUUUCGUGAAGCAACUGAAAAUCAUUUCGGACUCGGGUACGAUUUCGGCAGUGUCAUGCACUACGGAGGAUAUGCAUUUGCUAUGAACACGAAUAUCUAUACGAUACAAACACUCCAACCGGAAUAUCAGAACACACUGGGACAACGAGAACGUCCAGCAUUUCUCGGAUAUCUCUGUACAAACGUUCCCGUACCACCAUGUCGUUCACCGGGUAUCCCGAAUCCGCGAAGCUGCAGUCAAUGCUUAUGUCCAGAAAUGUUUGCCGGGUCAUUCUGCCAAAAUCUACCGACUGGUACAGCAGCCAAUUGCCACUUUCUUCCUCAUGGACGUAUCAGCUUGAAUGGCGUAGCCGGAAAUCCGAACAGUUACGCAAUGUUGGGAAUUACCGACUGCUACUGGCAUAUCUCCGCACCUGCUGGUCGAAGGCUGCAAAUUAGACUAAGCACACCACCAAAACAUUGCGUGCAAGGCUGCCCAUGGCAAGGACUUGAGAUCAACCUUGGCACUUUCGACCUCCAUGGAAUGAUUGUGUGCUGUGCGAAUACGCAGACGUACACGUCGACAGGCAAUCUAGUUGGACUCCGCGGAUACGUCCGUUACAACCAGCUCACAUUCGGAAUCGAUUAUCGUGUCGUCUAA